UUGCAUAUACAUUCCUGCCUGACAUCCACCAUGGCCAACAUCGAUGCCGAAGACCAGCGCUACAAACAAGAAGUUGAAGAAGUGAAGAAGUGGUGGAGUGAUGACCGAUGGAGAUACACAAAGAGGCCUUACAUGGCGGAGCAGAUCGUGCAGAAGAGAGGGACGUUGAAGCUCACCUACCCAAGCAAUGUGCAGGCGAAGAAGAUGUGGAACAUUGUAGAACAAAGGUUCAAGAAUAAAGAAGCAAGCUUUACCUAUGGCUGUCUCGAUCCUGUCAUGAUCACUCAGAUGGCAAAGUAUUUGGACACUGUUUAUGUAUCUGGCUGGCAAUGCUCUUCAACUGCUUCCUCAACGGAUGAGCCUGGUCCAGAUCUUGCAGAUUACCCCAUGACAACCGUACCCGACAAAGUACAGCAUCUGUUCAUGGCACAGCUGUUCCACGACCGAAAGCAGCGGGAAGAACGCCUUUCCACCGACAAAGCAAACCGCUCAAACGUUGCAAAUGUCGACUAUCUACGACCGAUCAUCGCCGACGCAGAUACUGGUCACGGAGGUUUGACCGCCAUUAUGAAACUCACCAAGCUGUUCAUCGAGAAAGGUGCUUCGGGAAUUCACAUCGAGGAUCAAGCACCGGGAACCAAGAAAUGCGGCCACAUGGCUGGCAAAGUUCUUGUGCCCAUCAGCGAACACAUCAAUCGUCUAGUCGCUAUCAGAGCACAAGCAGACAUCAUGGGCGUCGACCUCCUCGCAGUCGCACGCACCGACUCGGAAGCCGCCACGCUCAUCACAUCAACCAUCGACCCACGCGACCACCACUACAUCCAAGGCAGCACGAACCCGGCCCUCCAGCCCCUAGGCGAACUCAUGUACGCCGCAGAGCAAGCGGGCAAAAGCGGGCCCGAACUCCAAGCCAUCGAAGACGCAUGGACAAAGGAAGCGCACCUCAAGCUCUUCCACGAAGCCGUCACAGACACCAUCCGCGCUGGCGUCCACGUCAACAAAGAAUCCCUCAUUGCCGAGUUCUUGCAAAAAAGCAAAGGCAAGAGCAACUCGGAAGCCCGCGCCAUCGCGAAGGGUAUCACGGGCGUCGAUGUCUUCUUUGAUUGGGAAGCCGCAAGGACUAGGGAAGGGUACUAUAGGUACCAGGGUGGUUGUCAGUGCGCUAUCAACCGCGCGAUCGCGUACGCGCCGCAUGCGGAUAUGAUUUGGAUGGAGUCGAAGAUGCCGGAUUAUGCGCAGGCCAAGGAGUUUGCGGAUGGUGUGCAUGCUGUGUGGCCGGAGCAAAAACUCGCAUAUAACCUCUCCCCCUCGUUCAACUGGAAAGCCGCGAUGCCGCGCGACGAGCAGGAAACGUACAUCAAGCGUCUCGGCGCGUUGGGUUACUGCUGGCAGUUCAUCACGCUCGCUGGACUGCACCAGAAUGCGCUCAUGGCGGAUACGUUCAGUAAAGCGUAUGCCAAGCAAGGGAUGCGUGCGUAUGGCGAGAUUAUCCAGGAACCCGAGGCCGAUAACAAGGUCGAUGUGCUUACGCAUCAGAAGUGGAGUGGUGCGAAUUAUGUGGAUAAUCUGCUGAAGAUGGUCAGUGGUGGGGUUAGUUCCACGGCGGCUAUGGGGAAGGGAGUUACGGAGGAUCAGUUCAAGUAG